CAGCCACCGGCUUCGGCUCUUGCGCCAUCCUGAAAAGUUUUAAAGCUGAAGUGUCGUGCUUCCCCGCCUACCAAGACCCGCUGAGACUCGGUUCGAAGGUUUCUUUUACAUUCUCUCUCUUUAUUCCAUCAGCCUUGUUAUUUCCACCCACGGAACCCCUGCCAUUUUUGCUCUGUUGGGGAUAAUUAACCAAAGGACGAGAUGUCUUCACCAUCACUGCUCACAACCAUCAACGACCUAAUAUUACGACCAGAAUAUCACGACUACCUCUCGAUCUUGAAGGGUGCCCGGAAUGGGUUUGUGUAUGGUGUAAAGAUCAGGUUUCCCCAUGCGCUCAUUAUGAGCGUUCUCUUCGGACGUGGGGAUGUCCAAUCCCGAAUCAAGCAGAUAUUCAAAGCCACCCGCACACAUGCACUAAACCUAGCGAAAUUUGUCACCAUCUACAAAACCUUGCUGCUCCUCCAAAGAAAACUAAAUGAUGACAAGGAACGCUCUGCCGACACGUUCAUCGCAGGGUUGAUUGGUGGAUACAUUGUCUUCGGGGAGCGGACAGCUAUUAACGAACAGAUCGUCCUCUACGUAGCCUCUCGAGUCCUAGCAUCUUUCAUUCCUCGUUCCUUCCCUUCAAAAAACCCUCCAGGUAUAAACGGAACAAACAAACCCAUUCCGCCCAACGCUAAACUCUUCACGGUCUUCGCGUCACUCACAUGGGCGCUCGUUAUGUGGUUGUUCCGUCAUCGUGAAGAAACCAUCAAUCCUGGAAUGUGGAGCAGUAUGAAGUACCUAUACUUGGAUUCGAACAGCUGGGAUGGGCUGAAGACUCUGUUGUGGCAUAACAAGUGAUGGGAUUCUGGUCAUUAGAGAUGGAC